UAUUGACGUCACGGUGGCAUACAUCGACCCUGAUUUGUUUUCUGACCUGCAUUCUUUACAGUCGGUAUCUACUUCUGAUAACAGAGUGUGCUGUCUUCUUGAUCAUCGAGACAACAUGACUUGCGCAAGGUCAUCUCCUACCGGUCCCCUAGACACGUGUGGUAGGCUCUACCCAAAUAUCGCCAUGCGACUGGCUGGAUGGAUAAUUGGGGUUUCUUCUUUCAUCGGGAACAUGGCUGUCCUCAUCGUCCGGCAUGGAGAAACUACACAAUCUCGUGUCCAGACUCUUUUCAUAUCCAACCUAGCCAUUGCUGACUGCCUGAUGGGUGUGUACAUGAUCAUCAUCACUUCAAUUGAUAUUUACUUUGGAAACCAAUAUUUCCUGAGUGCCCCCAUUUGGCGUGAGUCAAAAUUGUGCAAAUUUACUAGCGUUCUGGCUUUUCUAGCGAGUGAGUGUUCCGUCUUCACGUUGACUCUUAUGACCGUCGACAGGUUUAUUAGUAUCAUGUUUCCUUUCGGAAAAUGGCGCAUGUCUCUUAAAUCGGCCAGAAUUCUGAUUUUAAUGAUGUGGACUCUCAUGCUGGCUCUUGCUGUCAUACCGCUUUUGGUGGGUUCAGAUGUGCGUGGGUUUUAUGGUUUGUCUGAUGUCUGUAUUGGAUUGCCAUUGCAUGCUGAAUCAGUUCAGACAGGCAGAUUAGAGGCCCCUGAGCUAGACUUUGACUCAACAGCACUUGAUUUCCGCGUGGAGUACGUUGUCACUGAGAGCGUCUCUCGUCCAUCAUGGAUAUACUCGAAUGUUACGUUCAUCGGGGUCAACAUGGUUUUGUUCCUUAUUAUCGCAAUUUGCUACGUCAUGAUGUUUAUUCAAGUGAAGCGUUCGUCCAGAUCCGUGGGAAACGUGGCUUUACGCGACAGGGAGUACAAAGUAGCCGUUAAAAUGGCAUUCAUCGUAGGAACGGAUUUCGCCUGUUGGAUGCCGAUCAUUAUCAUGGGUAUUCUCACACAAUCCGGUCUGGUUGUACUACCGACAUCCCUCUAUGCUUGGAGUGUGAUAUUCAUCAUCCCAAUCAACUCUUCGAUAAAUCCCAUCUUAUACACCUUCAUCAACUACAUCGAUAAUAGAAAGAAGCCUGCUGAACAAAUGAACCGGAAGAACGAUUUGAGAAAAUUCAAAACCACCAUCACUGAAAUCGAUAAUCCUGCUUAUGAACCGGAUAAAAAUUGAAACAAAAGUAUGUGCGACAACGUUAAUAAUCAGUAUGAACCAUACUGCGCUUUUGCAAGACAACUGACAUAGAUAAUGAUAAGAAUAAUAGAAGUAGUAAUAAUAAUGAUAAUCAACUGACAUGCUGCAUAAGGUCAGGAGAUGGUGUAAGUAAGGGGGCGGCGCAAGAGUGUUGCUAAUAGAUAUUCCUUUAAAGAAUGAAUACUUGCUCCAGGAUAUCGGAAAAUCAUACACAUAUAGGCUCCUAUUAAUCAUCUGAAUAAGGACGACAUCUAAUAGUUUUAUUGUUGAACCUUGAAGAGAAAUAAUGUGCCUGAAUGUGUCUGUAUUAAUGUAUGUGAUGUGGUAAGGUUUUGAUAUAAUGGUCACGUUAUUUCACGUACCGAGAGUACUCCAGCUGUAAAGAGUAGGUCUGUAUAUACAUGCACAUUAUGAACAGAAUAUAAAACUUAUGUAUUGAACAAAAUAUAUCAUAGCUUUAGAAUAGCUGCAAAUAUGUUUAGAUUUAUGAUAAACUUUCAUGAUUACAUAACUCUAUCAAAAUUAAUAUUCAUCUUUAUGUUAUUGUUAGUUGGAUGGAUUUUCCUGGAAAGUUUCCACAAGAAAUGGGAGCUGUUUAUGAAUUAUUUUAUGAAAAGUGGGUAUCACUAGUACUCUUUCAUUCAUAAAAAUAGGUUAAAUUGUAUGUUUUGAAGAAAACAUUUAAAAAUAAUGUUCGUAAAAGAAUGUAAGAGUUAUGUAAAAUAAUUUGAUUUGUCAUUAUUUUUGUUCAAAUUAUGAAAUAAAGAUACCUUUUGUUCUCUGGAAUAAAAAGGAAAAAAUUAAUAGUACUAAUAUAACUUAUGAUAACAGACUCUAUACGUUUCAUCGAAAUACAAAUACAUGCAAAUACAGUUUUAAUAUUUAGUAAUGAUUGUAAAAUAUUAUAAGAAGAGAUG